CUGUCUGCCGCGACUACGGUCUUUGUUGACACAAUCGGCCUGGCAUUGUUGGUCGCAGUGCCGCUGAUCAGCUCCUCCUGCUUGCGGUCUUCCGUCUCAUUUGUCGCGCUAUAGUCUUUUGUUAUGAGUCAAGACUUCCAGGGUGCCUAUUCGCAAGAGGGCAUUGCCUACGACGAUCCGAACUAUGCGUAUGACGAGGAUGCGGACGAAGAGGAGAUCACGCAGGAGGAUUGCUGGACGGUCAUCUCGUCUUUCUUUGACCAGAAGGGUCUCGUCCGGCAGCAACUCGACUCCUUCGAUGAAUUCGUACAGAAUACCAUGCAGGAGCUCGUCGACGAGAAUUCCGACUUGAUCCUCGACCAAGCUGAUCAGCAUACGGGCUCUGCAACGGACAUGACGCGUCGCUACGAGAUCAAGUUUGGGCAGAUUUACCUGUCUCGGCCGACUGUGACGGAGGCGGAUGGCUCGGUCAUGCCUGUGUUUCCUCAAGAAGCUCGCCUGCGCAACUUAACGUACAACGCCCCGCUGUAUAUUGAGAUGAGGAAGAGAACUCUCAUUGGGCGGGAGGAUCCAGAAGGCGCGCCUGGAGAUGUAAUAUGGCAAGAGGAGCCCGGUGAUGCAGCGGAGGAUUCUAGGAAAGUGUGGAUAGGAAAGGUCCCUAUCAUGUUACGGUCAACGUUCUGUAUCCUUCACGACAUCCCAGAAAACGACCUUUUCGAUUUGAACGAAUGCCCAUACGAUUCCGGCGGAUAUUUCAUCAUCAACGGCUCCGAAAAGGUCCUCAUUGCGCAAGAGCGUAUGGCCACGAACCAUGUCUAUGUUUUCGCUAAGGCCCAACCAUCACCAAUAAGCUUCCUAGCGGAGAUUCGUAGCGCUGUGGAAAAGGGUGGGAAGACUAUUAGUCAAUUCCAGGUCAAAAUGUAUACUCGGAACCAGGAGCGAUCACUUGGUAACCUCAUCAAAGCAACUAUACCCUAUAUCAAGGUCGACAUCCCGAUUUGGGUCGUCUUCCGAGCUUUGGGUGUCAUAUCCGAUCGCGACAUUCUGGAACAUAUCUGCUACGACAUGCAAGAUGCUCAAAUGCUCGAAAUGCUCAAGCCGUGUAUCCAGGAUGGCUUUGCAAUCCAGGAUCGGGAGAUUGCCUUGGAUUUCAUAGGCAAUCGUGGCACUACCACCGGCUUGUCUAAGGAACGCCGAUUACGGUAUGCGCAGGAGAUACUGCAAAAGGAAAUGUUGCCACACGUUUCCAUGGCGGAGGGGUCUGAGUCGAAAAAGGCGUACUUCUUCGGCUAUAUGAUUCACAGACUAUUACUGGCGGCCCUUGAGCGCCGUGAGCUGGACGAUCGAGACCACUUCGGAAAGAAGCGGUUGGACCUCGCCGGGCCGCUGCUUGCCAACCUAUUCCGGAUGCUUUUCAGGAAACUGACAAAGGACGUGUACCGGUACCUGCAGAAGUGCAUAGAGACCGGGAAACAAUUCAAUCUUAGUCUUGCGGUCAAGCAUAACACCAUCACGAAUGGUCUCAAAUACUCGCUAGCGACAGGCAACUGGGGUGAUCAGAAGAAAUCUAUGUCGUCCAAAGCUGGUGUAUCACAGGUAUUGAACCGCUACACAUACGCUUCUACCUUAUCCCAUCUUCGUCGCUGCAACACACCGCUCGGCCGAGAAGGGAAAAUCGCCAAGCCUCGUCAGCUCCACAACACUCAUUGGGGUAUGGUUUGCCCUGCAGAAACUCCUGAGGGUCAGGCUUGCGGUCUCGUCAAGAACCUGUCGCUGAUGGCUACAAUUUCCGUCGGUUCGAUCUCUGCACCCGUUAUCGAGUUCUUGGAAGAGUGGGGCUUGGAGUCGCUGGAGGAGAAUGCGCAUUCUUCCACGCCAUGCACGAAGGUCUUCGUCAACGGUGUCUGGAUGGGGGUUCAUCGCGAUCCCUUGAAUCUUGUGAAGACUAUCAAGAAACUCCGUCGAAAGGACGACAUCAGCCCCGAAACGUCUGUUGUCAGGGAUAUUCGUGAAAGGGAACUGCGGAUUUCGACAGACGCUGGACGUGUAUGCAGACCGCUGUUUAUCGUCGAGAACCAGCAGCUGGUCCUCAAGAAAUCACACAUCGAGAAAUUGCACAAGCACAAUACCGAACCUGUGCUUGACGAUGCGGGGGCGCCAACUUUUGAUGAGAAUGGCAAGCAGCGCUUCUUCCAAUAUCAGUUCGAUGAGCUCGUCAAGGAAGGCGUCAUCGAAUACUUGGAUGCGGAAGAAGAGGAGACUGUGAUGAUCUGCAUGACUCCGGAGGACCUCGAGAAUGCAAGGUUGAAGCAGCAGGGUCAUGAUCCAUCGCAGGAUGAUCCAGACUUCGAUCCGGCUGCGAGGAUCAAGACCGGGACGCAAGCGCAUCUUUGGACUCACUGCGAGAUCCAUCCAAGUAUGAUCCUUGGCAUAUGCGCUAGCAUUAUUCCCUUCCCAGAUCAUAAUCAGUCACCUCGUAAUACCUAUCAAUCGGCCAUGGGCAAGCAAGCCAUGGGGAUUUAUCUGACGAACUUCCUCGUUCGCAUGGACACAAUGGCGAACAUUCUCUACUAUCCUCAAAAACCGCUAGCGACCACCCGGUCUAUGGAGUACCUCAAGUUCCGAGAGCUGCCUGCCGGCCAAAACGCGAUCGUUGCCAUCAUGUGUUACAGUGGAUACAACCAGGAAGAUUCCGUCAUCAUGAAUCAGAGUUCCAUCGAUCGAGGCCUAUUCCGCAGCAUGUACUUCCGCAGUUACAUGGACAUGGAGAAGAAGAGCGGCAUCCAACAGCUGGAGGAAUUCGAGAAGCCAACCCGAGACACCACGCUUCGCAUGAAGCACGGUACUUAUGACAAGCUGGAGGACGACGGCCUGAUUGCUCCUGGAACAAAUGUUAACGGAGAAGAUAUCAUCAUCGGCAAGACAGCGCCGAUACCUCCGGACAGCGAAGAACUCGGCCAGCGGACACGAGGCCACACACGGAGAGACGUUUCUACUCCAUUAAAGAGCACCGAACAGGGGACCGUUGAUCAAGUGCUUAUUACAACAAACUCCGAGGGUCAAAAGUUCGUCAAGGUUCGCAUACGUUCGACUCGUAUUCCCCAGAUCGGCGACAAGUUCGCGUCCCGCCACGGUCAAAAGGGUACCAUCGGUAUUACAUACCGCCAGGAGGACAUGCCGUUCACUGCGGAGGGAAUCACACCCGACAUCAUCAUCAACCCCCAUGCCAUCCCCUCACGUAUGACAAUCGGACACUUAGUCGAGUGUCUGUUGUCCAAGGUCGCGACCCUUAUUGGGAAUGAAGGCGACGCUACUCCCUUUACCGACUUGACAGUGGAAUCUGUGUCGCAGUUUUUGCGGCAGCGUGGCUACCAGUCCCGUGGGCUGGAGGUGAUGUAUCACGGGCACACGGGCCGAAAGUUACAGGCUCAGAUUUAUCUUGGGCCAACCUACUAUCAACGACUAAAACACAUGGUGGACGACAAGAUCCACUCGCGCGCUCGUGGUCCCGUGCAGAUUCUCACGCGGCAACCGGUAGAGGGCAGAAGUCGCGAUGGCGGUCUCCGAUUCGGGGAGAUGGAACGGGACUGCAUGAUUUCCCAUGGCAUCGCUGCAUUCUUGAAGGAACGUCUAUUUGAAGCCAGUGAUGCGUAUCGUUUGCAUGUGUGCGACAUCUGUGGCCUCACAGCUAUCGCAAAUCUCAAAAAGCAGACGUUUGAAUGUCGAGCAUGCAAGAACAAGACAGAAUGCUCGCAACUCUAUAUUCCGUACGCAGCGAAGCUACUCUUCCAGGAGCUGCAGAGUAUGAACAUUGCUGCGCGUUUAUACACCACGUCGACCGGGCGUAUUCGAGAUGUCCGAGAUUAGCCACCUCCCUUGUCAUAAUUAUGCUAUCCUGCCCGCUGUCCAUGUAUACUACAAUUCAAUCAUUAACUGUUUUGUAUCACGAAAUGCCAGUCUACAGAGAACAAUCGUUGUCGCUAAUCUUGGUGCAUCAGACCUUCCCGCUCAUGAUCAGCACCCUCGUUGCUAUGCCUCUCAGGAGGAUCCUGUCGAUGCUGUUUUCUGAGAGACCCUUCAUCGUCGCUCUGCACGUCUUCAUCGCCAAUCUCAAAUACUACGUGAUCCUCAGUUAUGGACUCGGCUCCUCUUCGGCCAACCAGAGUAGCCUCGUCGUCGUCCGGUUCACCGGGAUGUCCUGGGCCGGCGUAUCGUCGUUCCAUAGACUCGAGAUCGUAGUCUUCGGCGUCGGCUUCAUCUUGAGCAAGCUCGUCGGACAUCGCUAGCCUUCGAUUAUUCUCGGACGGUCGCCACAGGUACGCAAUCCCCCAGAAUGCCACGAGAUACAAAAGAGAUAGCCAACCGUCGAGAAGCCACCAGCGCACUUUCCAGGUUCGUGCAGCAUAGUCUUCAGCAAGCCGAUCGGAGAAGGAGAACGAUGAUACGACAAAAAAGACGGCGAUGACGACCACGACCAUCCACAGGAUGUAGUAUAGGCGCUUGAACAUCGCCAAUUUGUAUCGUUGUUUUCGUUUUUGUAGGUAUACCACGGUUGAAUUAAGAGAAUACAGUAUCCAUAGCAUGAAUCCGCUGAGAGUGAAAGCUAAAGGAAUGACAAAUAGUAGCAAUACAAGUGCAGAAGUCGAUUCUAAUUCAAGUUCGACGACACCGACAGCAUAGAGAACCCCAAACACGAAGUGUGCCGCGGCCAGUAUCUGACACUUUAGCAUCGUACGUCCAAGAGAUUCGCGGACAACGCUCAAACCCAAAGAAACUACUAGGAGCAUGAAGAAUGACAAGGCAUUGCGACCAGCAUCCAAGAUAGCGACGACGAAUAGAAAAACAGUUCCUGUUGUCCCUCUGCCAUGCUUGUUGAGAUAACGAUAGUACGCCCAGUUGGCCACCAUCUCGAUAACCAGGAAUCCCACCAAACUGGAAAGAUAGUACUGAAGUGGCAGAAGAUCUUCCUUGUGCUUGUAGCAGAGCCAUGCCCAAAUUGCUCCUAGGGCUGCGUAGACGACGAACAGCGCGAAGUAAAAGUUGACUUUGGGAUAGUCUGUCGCAGGGAGUUUCCCAUCGAAAGCGUUCCGAAACAAGACCGUGCCUCUGUAGCUAGGAUGGAAGGGUACAUCUGUGUCGGUUUGACGCUUCUCGGACAGAACGGUCACAGGAACGACCACAACGCAGUAGUACCCUGUCUUGCGAACCAAGUACUGUAUGGGCUGACGAUACCGUAGAAUACCGCCUGGACUGGGAUUAAGAGCACGGGGGGUGAUAUCGCCUCUCCUCCAAGGCGAAGUAUAGUUAUCCGAAGGAAUAUCUGGAUUGCCAGCAGGGUUGUCCCAGAAGCCGCUAGAAGAACCGACGGCCCCUGAACCGCCAGCUAAGGUGGUGCUAUUUCCGAAAGCGACUCUUGCAGACCAGAAGCUGGUCUCGUUAAUCGUCUUUCCGGCAGGAAUAUCGAGGAUGAAGCGCCCAAGGUCAUCACUGUUACAGAAGCCACCCCGCACAGCGUCAGAUGUGCAAACAUAUGUCUUGGGUAGGGUAUCGUCAAUCUCCGAUGUGACCUUGCCAAGGUACUCGACAUCUGACCACUCAUAUAUCACCAUGGCCAGUUGUCCCUGAGAACCACUCGUGAAGCUGACGUUUAUGAAGGUUUUGUCAUUACUCCACAUCCCAGAACAUGUCUGUCGCGAGUAAUCUGCGUCCGAAAUGUCGACUUCGUAGCCGAAGGCUUGGAUCACAAGCCAGGCCAGCAAAGCCAGCCAUACGAAGGCGGCCAUGGCAGGGCCCCAGUGCGUGCAGUCGGGCGAGCUGAAUGGUCUCUAGAAGUCUCAGACCUAGUCUCGAUAGGUUCCCUGGAUAAUGAGUGAUAUCGUAGCCGCGAG